AUGUCGUUCAGAGGUGCGCCCAGAGGACGGGGCGGUUUUGGAGGCGGCAGAGGUGGUGGCCGCGGAGGUUUCCAGCAGCGCGACUUUGGCCCCCCGGCCCAGAUCCUCGAGCUGGGCUCUUUCAUGCACGCCUGCGAGGGUGAGAUGGUCUGCGAAUCCACCAACCCCAAGGUCCCUCACUUCAACGCCCAGAUUUUCCUCGAGAACAAGACGGCCGUCGGCAAGGUAGACGAGGUUCUUGGUCCCAUUAACCAGGUCUACUUCACCAUCAAGCCCAGCGACGGAAUUCAGGCCACCAGCUUCAAGCCCGGCGACAAGUUUUUCGUUGGCAGCGAGAAGCUCCUACCUCUCGAGAAGUUCCUCCCCAAGCCCAAGCCUCCGCCGGGAGCUGCCAAGGUCAAGAAGCCCAAGGGUGCUGGUGGACGCGGCGGACGCGGUGGCCCCGGUGGUUUCUCCAGGGGCGGCGGCCGCGGUGGUGGCCGUGGUGGUCCUGGCGGUUUCUCCAGAGGUGGUGGCCGUGGUGGCAGCGGAUUUGGUGGUAGCGGAUUUGGUGGCAGAGGCGGCGGCCGUGGUGGUGGCGGCUUCAGCGGCAGCGGUGGUUUCAGCAGGGGUGGCGCAGGAGGCAGAGGACGUGGUGGCUUCAGCCGAGGUCGGUGA